GAUCACACUCCACUGUGUAUAUCAUCAUAGAGAACUUGAGGAAAUGAAGCUAUUUACUUGUUGACCCAAUGUUACGAUAGGCAGAGCCGAGUUUAAACAGAAAUAAACAAUCACGAAAACUCAGUGAAGACCUUAAUAUUAUUGGGACUGGGAGCACUGAACGUAAAUGGCAGCUAACAGUUGAGAAAUCCGGCUGCACUGGCACUCCGCCGCGCACUGUGCUGAUACAAAACGAACACACACUGUUUCAGGAAGUCAGAUUUUGUUGUAUUGACAUCGAGGAACUCGUGCAGUGGGACUCAAACUUACUAAACGGCAUUUGUCGUUUUCAAAACAUCGUUUUGUUUUUAAUUGUUAUAGGUGCUCGUUAGCUGACAUAAUACUGAGAUGCCACCCAAAAAGCGUAACUCUGGGGCAGCACAGAGCAAGGAACUGAAGCCCAGUGCUGAAAGUGCCUCUCCAGACAAGAAAGAGAGUCCCGAGUUUUCUGUUAAAAAACACAGAGACAAGGAUGCUGAGUUUGUGACCCUUUGCAAGAGCCUUCGUGUGACAGACCUGGUGUGUGACCGUGCCUGGACGCUGUGGAAAAGUGUUCAGGAGUCCAUGGAUGAAGUCAUUGGCAGUCAGCAGCUCCCUCUGUGGGGGGCCUGUCUGUUCGUGACUGUGACAGACAUGGAUGCCGCCUGUUUCACUUUAACUCAGGUUCUGAAAGCAGUCAGUCUGAAUGUUAAGCUUUUUGUGGCUCUCGUGAGGAAGCUGGAUGUGAACUUGGAUACAAUAAGCACUCAGGUGAAUUCAGCACUGACACGUCUGGAGAAGAAGUAUGAUGUGACGCUGGCUCUCUUCCAGAGGUUUGAGAAAACAUGCAAGAAAAUCUUUGCUUCGGUUUCUGAUGGCAAGGUGAGGGAGACCAUGCAGAGCUGCUGGACAAUGUUUCUUUUGGCUAAAGGAAGGACCUUGCAGAUGGAGGAUGACCUGGUUAUAUCAUUCCAGCUGCUGCUUUGUGCGCUGGAGUUUUUCAUCAAGCGCUGCCCUUCUGAGAUUCUGCAGCCUCCUUACACCAUCAACAAAGUCCACAGCCCUCCAACACGACCAUCCCGUCGUAACCAGAGCAAAGCCAAAUCUCGACCUCCGGAGCCAGAGGUGGAUAUGCAGCUGCUUGAAACCUUGAGCAAAGAGAAUGACUGUAAUGCAGAAGAGGUGAAGAAUGUAUACCAGACCAGUUUCUCAGCCUUCCUGGACUCAUUGGAUCUUUCAAGAUCCCCAUAUUUCCCUCAGGUGAAUGUUCUCAACCAACAAUAUGAAGAGCACUACCUCAAGACUAGAGACAUCGAUGGACGGUUGUUUUUUGAUGGAGAUGAGAGUGUUCUUGCACCUAAAUUUGAGAUAGCACAGGUGGAGAGAACGCCAAAGAAGAACCUGGCAGAUGACGAUGCUGUACUUAUCCCUCCCCAGACUCCAGUCAGAGCUGCCAUGACCUCCAUUCAGCAGUUGAGAGGUGAUCUCAUCUCCAGUGGGGAUCAGCCAUCCACUAACUUGGCUACCUAUUUCAAAAAUUGCACUGUGGACCCAACGCAGGAUGUGCUGAAGCGACUGGAGACACUGGGACAGGCGUUCAGCCAAAGAUUUGGUCAGACAGUCGGCCCAAACUGCGUAGUACUUGGAAAGCAGAGAUUUACUCUUGGUGUCAAACUGUAUUACAAAGUCAUGGAGGCAAUGCUGAAAUCGGAAGAGAAACGACUGUCGGUGCAGAAUUUCAGUAAACUCCUCAAUGACCCCACAUUCCAUACGUCACUGUUGGCCUGUGCGUUGGAGGUGGUCAUGGCAACAUACGGAGAGAGCAGUUUUAAGACUGCAGGAUACAACUGUGGUGGUGAACCAUCCGAAACAGACAUGCGUUUCCCCUGGAUACUGGAUGUCUUCAACCUCACUGCAUUUAACUUCUACAAAGUCAUUGAGAGCUUCAUUAAGGCGGACUCUCUGAGCAAAGAUAUCAUCAAACAUCUGGAGACCUGCGAGAACCUCAUCAUGGAAAGGAUAGCAUGGAGGACGGGCUCCUUGCUGUUUGAACUGCUAAGACAAGAGCAUGAGGGUGGAGCAGCAGAGCAGGUGGAGACUCCAGCUAGUUUCAGCCAACCACUGCAGCACAACCACACUGCAGCUGACCUAUAUCUGUCUCCCCUGCGUCCGGGGCUUCGUGUUUUGCCUCCUGAUUCGCCGGGCACACCCAGUUCUCAGGCUUCGUCUCAGGCCCCGACCCAGCCCGGUCCGACUCUGCAUCUCCCAAAGUCCAACUCCCUCAGUCUCUUUUAUAAAAAAUUGUACCGCCUUGCCUACACAAGGCUGAAAAUGCUCUGCUCCUUCCUGCUGUCCACCCACCCUGAACUGGAGCCCAUCAUAUGGACUCUGUUCCAGUACACCCUGCAGCACGAGUACGAGUUGAUGAGAGACCGUCACCUCGACCAGUUGAUGAUGUCAGCCAUGUACGCCAUAUGUAAAGUGAAGAGUGUGGAUGUACGCUUCAAGUCCAUUGUCACAGCAUACAAGAACAUGCCCAACACCAACCAGGAGACCUUUAAGCAUGUCUUGAUCACUGAGGGCCACUAUGACUCCAUUAUUGUCUUCUACAAUCAAGUGUUCAUGCAGAAGCUGAAAACCAACAUCCUGCAGUACGCAUCUCCCAGGCCACCUACCCUCUCUCCAAUCCCACAAAUACCACGCAGCCCCUACAAAUUUCCUAAUUCGCCUCUGCGUGUGCCUGGCAGCAACAAUGUGUACAUUUCCCCUCUGAAAAGCCCAGGUAUCAUGACUCCUCGCUCCAGACUGCUGGUAUCGAUUGGUGAAUCUUUCGGGCCGUCCAAUCGGUUCCAGAAGAUCAAUCAGAUGGUCAAUAGCAGAGAUCACUCCCUUAAGCGGACUCUGGAUCUCAGCUCCGCUCCAAAGCCCCUGAAGAGGCUGCGGUUUGAUGUGGACGCACAAGACGAAGCUGAUGGCAGCAAAUCUGGUGGAGAUUCUACACUGAUACAGAAGCUUGCAGAGAUGAGCCACACUCGGAGUCGCAUGCAAGAACAGAAGAUGAAGGAGGACACAGAAUCAAAGGAGGAUUGACUCUAAAUCCUGCUGAGCUGACCUGCACUAUUCAUCACAACGUGAACACUACUUUUUGUUCACAUGAAACAAGUUUCUUUGUACAUUUUAGGUUGUAUUUAACUUUGUCUUUCAGGAGUAAUAUGUGAAUAUAGAGAAUGUUCUUUUUGUGUGUGUGUGUGUGUGUGUGUGUGCGUGUUUUCACUGAAUAAUGAUUGAUUCCACUGAAUCUGAUUUGAAUUUGAAGUAUGUUUGGUUUUAAUAGUGGUGUUAAUUGGAAGUUUUAAAAACUUUUUUUUUCCCGUUGUCUCAGUUGUCAACAGCAUUUUUGAUGAACUUUACUGUUUGUUUUUGUUUGUUUUUUUAUAAUUGGCCGAGACAGGUUUCGAUCGUGAUGCAACAAUUCAUCAGUAUUAAACCAUGAUUACUUUCCUGGAAACAGAGGAAAUGACAGCCUCAGAGGAAAAUCGGUGUCUUUCCAUGUGGCAGUUAUACAUUUUACGUGGUCUUUUCCUCAAGAAGACAAAUAACUUCUUGGGAAAGUUUAGUUUGUGCUCUAAAGUGAUAACUAUAAAAUAAUAAAAUAUCGCUUAAAGCUAAAUUAUACAUAAUUUGCUCCCAGCCAAAAUUUGUGUAGUUUCCAAAAAUUUGUUUACAAAUAACAUUUCUCUUUCUCUGGUGUAUAGUUUUAUAAUAAGUUGAGUUUUACUUUUGAGUGGUUAAAAAAUAUAUACAUCAAAUGCAAGAGAAGCCUCUUGUACUUCAGCUAAAGAAAAGUUAUUUUUCCUGUUUGUAAUCACUUUUUUUUUUAUGUAACUUGGCUAAUUUAAAUAUUUGCAAAUGGGAGAGGGAGGAUUCUUCAAAGGAAGGGGGAAAACUUAAGCAGCUUAAUAUGUGGACAUCACUCCAGGAAAGUACUGUAUACCUCCAUAAAAUAUUCCUUGACAUGUCAGUUUCCAGAGUUUUUAAACUAAAAUGUGUUUAUAUUGUACUUUAUUGAAGUGAUGCCAUUACAUGCAGGUAUUUUCUUCUUUACCAAUCAGUUGCCAUGACUAUAAUGUUGUUUUCCUGGAUAAGUACAUUAUGUUGUUUUCUGGCUACAUUUUAGUUUGUGUCUCCUCUUAAUACACUGACAGUAUUGUUAGAUUCCUGUGGCUCUGUUUUAAUUCCUUUCCAGCUUUUCAUGAAGGACACAUUUUAGAGAUUUGUUGAACAUCCUUUUGUGCCCUUGUUAACCUUCGAAGAAAACUAUAAUUUGAGUAUUUGUUAUAAAAAAAAAAAAGAAAUAUGACAAAACCGUGUGAAUUGUGCCGCAUUUGUCACUUCUUGUUCUGAAGCUUUAUUGUCCAGGAACUGUUUCCCAAAACCACGUCAAAGCUAUGAUGUUUGUAAAAUCCAUGUUC